UCUGAGUCAAGACUAUUUAUUGACUACCUACGUUGUCGCGUAGACUUUCUUUCCUUUUUUGAAAAUUGAAGAAAAGGCAUUGUUUUUGCGAAAAUGGAUGAAUCGGAAGAAGUAUGGGACAGCUGGGAAGAUAUGGCAGACAGUGGAGUUCUCGAAAAGAAAUUAAAGGAGGCACAGAAGCAGCGUGAUCGGGCUACUCAAGAAAAGAAGGAUGCGACACCGGCUGUGGUUCUACUCCAGGAAGACACCCAAAGGACAUCCUACCAGCCACAGCUUAGAAUCCUCAAGCGACCAACAGAGGCUGGAGGAGACCAGAAUGCAACAGAGAACAAGGAUGUCAACAAGACCAAGCAAAAGACUUUAGCGGAGAGAGAAGAAGAGUACAAGCAAGCCAGAUUAAGGAUCCUUGGAUCAGCCGAAACUGACUUUUCUGAACCGGCUCCUAGGUCCAAAGACAGUUCUCGGCCGGCCGCAAGUCUAGGCACAACCAAGAGGUAGCGAGGCCAUCAUGCUGUCAUGGCGACUCCAGAGUCCAGAUAGGUGGAAGGAGAAAAUUUUUGACCACACAAUUGCAGGCCCGUGCAUGUUUUACCGAAGUCGUACAUGUAUUUCAAGCGAUUGCACAGCAGUCGAACCGUGUCUUUAAAUGGCAAACCAGAGUACGAUUGGUCAGGUACAACAUAGGCAAGGGCCUGAAAGUAUUGUGAUUCACCUCUGCGUUUUGUCAAAGACGGAACUGGCUUAGCAAUCGGCAGCGGUAAUAACUCAACUGUUGUGCGGAACUGCCAUGGAAACCGGAUAUGAUCUCAUAGACGAGCGUCUGGGUAUCCGCAGGAAGAAAGUUUUGACAGAUGCUUGCUGACGGUCUCGUGAGGAUAUGUGCUUGUGUUAGCCGGAAGGGGAGCGUUGCUCGGAUUGUGUUCUCCAAGUUAUUCAGGAAAAUUCAUAGCGUUUAACCUCCAUACCACAAUUGUGGUUUAAUUUUCACUUAUAUCGAGAAAAACCGCAGAGUAUUUUGGUCUGAAAGUUUGGGGAUAAUUUGUUGAGGGCUUGUUUACAUAUGAUGAAGUGAAAGGCAGCAUUCUACAUUAAUGAUGUGAGUGUGAAACGCUUCACAAUAGACCAGUUCACGGUUAGCACAUUACGGCAAUGACCCCGAAUAUGCACAGAUCUUCAAAACAUGAAGAAGUCGCACUUUGUACAUUUUGAAAUUAUCACUCCUACAGCAAUGGAGGUGCUAUAUAAAUAGCCUUUGUUUCCCCUUUUCAAAGAAUACUUCCACCUGUGUAUCAUGGAGUGCACUGCUUGUUCAUGAAUGAAUAGUGAUUACAUAGCUUUCAUCAGCACGUAACCAGUAUUUCGUCUCCGUGUAUUUCAAAAUUUGGUCUGCAAUGACCUUUAUCUGCUCAUGCUCAGACUGCAACCGUGAACUGGCUUAUUAUGUAUCCCAAAGAUGGCGAGUACGCGUAGAAACUUUAUUGCGAGCAGCUACUCAUUUUUAUUCCAACCUGCCUUUCAUUUACCGGGACACGAUAAGAAAAAAAGCCAUGUGGUUUCCCGCUUCAUAUGUGAAGAAGCCAUUUGACUAGUAAUAGUAUUGACAUAUAGUCAAAACUGUCUUAGUGAUCACCUGUUUGUAAAGGCCACUUGUUUAUGGUGGUCACCUAUAUUGUCUCCCUCUGGGAGGAAACUUGUAGAACCUGUCUAGAAAGGCCACCUGUCUGCAGUGGCCAGUUUUCCUGUGUCCCAUCGGUGGCCUUUAUAGACACGUUGACUAUAUUAUCCUUUUCAAGCACUAAAUAACAAACCAAUGAUAAUUUAGACAAAUUAGAAAAGUCACCAUUUUCUAGCUAUUUUAUUUUCUUGAAUGUAUUAUUAUUAUAGUAAUACACAGUAAUACAGACUUAUCUUAGCAGUAUCUCUGAUUAUAUAUAUAUAUAUAUAUAUAUAUACGGUAUUCAGCAAAAAAAGAAAGUGGACACUCAUUAUUCAAAAUGUUCAUACAAAUUGUCUAUAAAAUAUAAGAUAUACAUCAAAUCAAAGAUGGAUUAAUAGUCUACCAACAUCAAGUUUAUCAAGGUCAAGUUUUGAACUUUAAAACUUGGAUGGGAAAAUUAAUUCAACCAUUAGAAGGUCCGAUUAAGAAAGUUGCAAAAUUGAGCAAGUGGCCAUUCAAAUAUUAAUGAUCAUGUGCAUCUGUAAAACAAAGAAUGAGAAACAACGAAGAGGAUUGAGCUCUAUAUUUUAUCACAAAAUCCAUGCAUUAACGUAGGCACAAUCCUUAGCUCAAUAACACAAAGAUGUGUUAGCGAUCUUAAUAAUUAACUGCUAUUUCGCUAUUAAUCACUAGACUAUGUCAUCAAUUCAUUGAUCGAUCAUACAGUCAUUUGCACAGCUUUGUGUUAAUGGCCAUUGCUUGUACAUGUGUGUCACCUUUUCCUAUAUAUUGCGACUGCUAGCUGUUUUAGAAGACCAUUAUCAUUAAAAGCAUUUAUCAUCUCCAUAUAUGUGUGUGUACUUGGGUUUGUUCAGACAUGUAUUAUUCAGAUAUGAUUAUUUAUUUCUGGGUAGUGACCUUUAAAGGUAUAGACCAGUUCUGGUCAUGCGAUUGCAUUGUGAA